AUGCUCUUCUACCUGUCGAGCUGCAGUUACCGCCAGAGGCUCAUCUCUUCGCUGAUGGCCAUGAGGCCUCCUCGUCUCCAACCCGGUAAUCACACUCUCCCUCGUAUCCCUAGAGUCUUCGAUAGAUCUCCGCCAAAUGUAAGGGGCGUCCACUUCACGCCUUCUCAGUUUUCCUAUUCGAUUGCGUAGUCAGUGAAUUGAUUGGAUCAUUCUAUGUUAUAGCUCUCGAGAGCUCUUCCUUCCUAAGUUCCGCAAAGAAACCGAGGACCAUGAUGACGGUCUCUGCUGCUUCGGACUCUGCCAUGAAAGAAGAGUUCGCCAAGCAUGCGGAAUACCUCAACGUCCUGGUUUGUCACCUUUGCUGCAUUAAUGUUGUUUUUUUUUCUCUAUUAUAUAAAUUCCGGGGAACCUAUCGACCACUUUCUCUUUGUGCUUCCAUCGCUCACUGAAAUAAUUCGGAUUAGGGGGUGCUGAAGAGGCAUGAAAAAACUUAAAAAAUUACGGCGGCAGUGUAAAUUAUACGUGCUUCUUAAACAACAGUUGAUAUGAUCGCGUCCCAGUUUCCGAAUGGGGAUUUUUUUCCAUCCUCUCACGCGGCCUCAUAUUUGGGAUAUUUAAAUCCUUUUUCUCCUAAUCGGAUUGCCUGGAUUUUUGGCUUAUAGCUGAUACUAAAAAUACUUUGUAAGAUAGUUAUUUGCCUGUGUAUUCUUUCUCGCAGAACGACAAGCGGGAGAGGGUGGUCAAGGCCAGUCGGGAUGUUACGAUAAACAGCAAGAAAGUCAUAUUUCAGGUUCAUAGGUAAGCAGAUAUUUUGUGAUCUUCUCUUUUUCAAUGAUGGUUUUGUUUUUCUUGAUUAAUUUUAGAACGUACUGUUGUGGCAUUUCAAUCUUCUAAUCACGCUUAAUAAUAUAGUUUCAAGAAAAUUAUGCAUAAUUUCAAGCUUUUCCUUACUUAUUCGUGAGUAGAUGACACUUUAGGUUUCAAAAUAGUUCGUCCGUUCUUUAAUUUGUAAAUACACUCUUUUGAAGGGCCACCAAAAUCAAUUCUGUGUUUGUCUACGAUUGGUUACUUAGAAUUCAGUUUGGUCUAUCAACAUGACUUGUCACUUCUAUCCACUUGUAUUCAUUCUUUGCCGCAUAAACUUUUUUAUCGUUUGCUUGACUUUAUCGAAGGAGAAAGUGACUAAUUAUAUUACUUCUGCCUUUACCCUAUAAAUCUGCAAUGGACUGAUGGAAAUUUGAUGUAGCUGUGGAUAGGCUUAAUGCAUUUUCCAUUAUAAAGGGCCAACAAACGUAAACAUCAUUGUCAUAUGUUUUUCCCUGACCAUGAAGUUCAUUUACAGUUACCUUAUUAUGCUCCUUACUUUUUCACUGUAUAACCAAAGACAAGCUCGUGUGCAUUCUUACGUGUUUUGGAACUUCCUCAACAGGAUCACAAAAGAAAAUAAAGAAGAAGUCGUGGAGAAAGCUGAAAAAGAUUUGGCAGCUGUGACCGAUCAGUACAUGUCAAAACUUGUUAAAGAGCUGCAUGGGACUGACUUUUGGAAGCUCAGAAGAGCAUAUUCUCCUGCUGUCAGAUCUAACACAAAAUUUAACUUAUUCAAACUCACUGGCAAUUCAACUUUCCUGAUUGUGAAUAUCCGUUUUGUUCUUUGCCUACGCAGGUGCAGGAGUAUGUUGAAGCUGCAACAUUUUGUAGAUUUUGCAAGGCCGGAACACUCAUGAACCUUGAUGAGAUCAAUGCUAUCUUGCUAUCACUAAGCCAACCAUCCGUGGAACCUCUGCAGAUUAAUAUCCUCGACUACUUAUUGGGAGUAAAAUUCUGGCACUUUCUGUUGUGUUAAACAGGCCAUUUUGAUCCCAUGACCAUCUGUGACAAAAAAAUAAAGUGCGCAAAAUAUCCUGUUUAGGUUGCUGAUCUGACAGGGGAACUGAUGAGACUAGCCAUUGGCCGAAUAUCGGAGGGUGAACUUGAAUAUGCUGAGAAGAUUUGUGGGUUUGUUCGCAACACUUAUAGAGAGCUGAGCCUUCUUGUUCCUGAGAUAGACGACAACUCUGAGAUGAAAAAGAAGAUGGAAAUAAUGUUUCAGAGUAUGACCAAAAUUGAAAAUGGUAUGCUUCUUUUCAUGUUCUUGGACCAUGACUACAUUAAGUUGUACUACGUAUGUUUCCUUUCAACCGUUAUCUGUGAGUUUUGGUCCUCAAACUGACGGGGAUAAAAUUUAUUGGUAUGUUUUUUAUCUUAGCAUCUUCAGUUCUCUUUUGCUUACACAUAGACUAUGAAUACAAAGACAGAUUUCUUCCCCACUUUGUAGGAUGUUUGUCUAGGAAACUUCUUCUCCUGUCAACAGUCUUGGAAAUUUGCUCCGAUCUUGGAGCUUUGCCACUUGACCCCUUCUAGUUAGCACUUAUGACUCUCCGAGGCAUUGUGAAUUAUAUCCAAGUUCCAGAGUCUACUUGAAGGGUAUAGUGAAAGAUCCCCGUGAAAGGCUCAAUGGCAAUGAAAAUAAUCCCAAGUUCAAUGCAAAAAUCCAUUUCACAAGUGCAGGAAAUGCAAGACAUCAGGGUUCAGGAUUGUAUUUUAUUUUUUUUUAGUCAUUAAAAUGAACAAAAAGUUCUAUUACAAUUGGAAUCGGGUCCGAAUAAUGAGACCAGUAUGUCAAGAGGAACAUAUAACUUCUACAACGAGUAGGUGUUGAGUGGGUUUUCAAAAGAACAAGUAUCUGUUUCUUGUCAUCCUUCUUUAUUUUCCCCAAUCAUCUUUAUGAAACGUGCGAAUCAAAGGCCUUGUAUGGCCUUGCAUGCGUCGAAUAAAGAGAAAUGGUGCGAAAAAGCUCCGACACAACGCAUCUAUCUUUCAGUUGCUUAGCGGUUUGAUGGGCCUUCACGUCAGAGGAAUAUAAACCAGAAGAAGAAAAAGGUGUUGAGUUAGGCCUAGACAAUGCAGUUCCUACUUAUUUCUACGUGGCCUAGGAAUUUAUGCUUCUUAGUGUUCUGGUUAAUUUCUAGUAUGGACAACUGAUGGAACCUCAUGGAUCUGGGAAAGUUGAUUGGUAAAUUGAUGACUAGUCUUUCCACAUUCAGACUUGCAAUUUCUAUUAUAAGGAUGUUGAUUUGAGACAUUUUUCUUUUGGUUCGUUGGGGCAGUGACCUUAGAAUAAUUUUCCUCUGAAGAGUAGAAAGUCCGAAACCAGCAAAUCCCAUCCCUCCUACUCAGCCUUGGAGACCCAAGAAGAUUCCAGCAUACUACUACUUCAUGCGGGCAUUCAUGAACCAGAUGACAUUCAUGAAUAAGCGCGUCAGAAUAAUAGCCGAUGCACGAUUUUUCAUAGCAACCAUGACUUGUGAUGAGAAGAGAAUGCUUGUCUACCAUUUUGAUCAGGUUUUAUGUCUGUGAAAGUCAUGGAGAAACCGUGAAAAGCAAUAAUUUAGCUAUAAAAUGGAUCUAAGGCCCACGAGGGAUGAUAGAAACUCAACCCAUAUUGUUUUUAUCAUAAUCUGGUUUAAGCUAGACUGUGGGAAGCAUCUGUUUUAUAGAGAGCGAGUCCCAUCCUCAUGAAGCUCGUUGAAAAAUAUAUGAUCAUUAGCAUGGCGUUGACCUCUGCUAAUUGAGAUUAAUAUCAUUAACCAUCUCUUGCUCAAAUCAUCUGCUGUUUUUUUCCCCUGUUUCGCCAGCUUUGUUCAGCGUCCAUGUGAGAGGAUCGGAGUACGUCCCACUACUCGGCUCUGAUGAUCAGAACUUCUCCUUCCUGAGCGUCGAUGACUUCGAAUCGUGA